CAGUGGACCAGUGUUAGAGACUACUGAACACCAUUUGCCAAUAUAGAGGGCUACAAAGCCUAUUAGCACAGAGCCCGCUUAUGAUUCCCUUUCUGUGCACGGCAUCCUUGAAUAGACCACACAAAGAUCCUUAAGCCAAAAUCCCUCCCUGGUAUUUAAUUCUAAAUGAGUAAUUACUGGGUGUGUCAGUGUGUCUUAGGUUUGCAGGUAGGCUGGGUGAAGGAGCUCAUUUGCACGCUGGCUUUGGAGUGAAUUGCACUCUCAGAUAGACACACACACACUUUGAAAGACGCUGCAUCCCUGAGGAGCCACUGAAGAACCCCUUUCACUUAGUGGGGACAGACCACAUACAGCCGCCAAGAUGGUUGACAUGGGGGGACUGGAUAACCUGGUGGCCAACACGGCCUACCUAAAAGCUCAGGGGGGUGAUGACAAGGAGAUGAAAAAGCGCCGUCGCAGCUUGUCUCUCCCCAAACCUGAGCAAUGUUCUGCAGUACGAGCCUCCAUUGACAAGGACUUUACAUCAAUUUGUGAAAGGCAACCUGUAGGCAAAAGGUUUUUUCGUGAGUUCCUGGCAACUAAGCCUGAGUUUAAGCUUGCUGCUGAUUUCCUGGAUGAGCUGUACGACUGGGACCUGGCUGAAGGUGCAACUAAAGACAAGGCACGCCAAAACAUCAUCAACAAGUACUGCAAGGCUGACUCCAAGAACUUCCUCUCAUUUCUUUCUGGGGAGGCUGCUGAAAAAUGCAAGUCUGUGACAGAUGCUAACUUUGAGGAGGUGAUGAAAAACAAAGUCCAGGAAGGUGUAAGAGAAUAUCUAAAAAACAAACCCUUCACAGAAUACCAGUCAAAUCCACUCUUUGAUAAAUUCCUUCAGUGGAAAGAAUAUGAGAAACAGCCCAUCAGUGAUAAAUACUUCUAUGAAUUCAGAACUCUGGGCAAAGGAGGCUUCGGAGAGGUAUGCGCUGUUCAGGUGAAGAACACAGGCCAGAUGUAUGCCUGCAAGAAGUUGUGUAAAAAGCGACUGAAGAAGAAGGGUGGUGAAAAGAUGGCCCUGUUGGAGAAGAAGAUCUUGGAGAAGGUUAACAGCCUGUUUCUGGUCAACUUGGCAUAUGCUUAUGACACCAAGACCCACCUGUGCCUUGUCAUGACCCUGAUGAAUGGAGGAGACCUCAAGUACCACAUUUACAACAUAGGCUAUGAUGGCAAGGGUGUGGACAAAGGAAUUGAGAUGAAGCGCAUCAUCCACUACACAGCACAGAUCACCACCGGCAUUCUGCAUCUGCACGAGAUGGAUAUCGUAUAUCGUGACAUGAAGCCAGAGAACGUGUUGCUGGAUAGCCAAGGCCAGUGCCGACUUUCAGAUUUGGGUCUGGCCAUAGAGAUUGUUCCAGGGAAGACCGUCAACCAGAUGGCUGGUACUGGAGCAUACAUGGCCCCUGAGCUGCUUAACAAAACUCCAUACAGAACAUCAGUGGACUGGUGGGCCCUGGGUUGCAGUAUCUAUGAGAUGGUGGCUGGCUACACACCUUUCAAAGGCCCUGAGAGCAAGAAGGAGAAGGUGGAGAAGGAAGAGGUACAGCGUCGUAUUCUCAACGAGGAACCCAAGUGGGAGCACAAAUGCUUUGAUGCUGUCACCAAGGACAUCAUCCAGCAGUUCCUCAAGAAGAAAAUAGAAGAACGUCUGGGCAUGAAGAACAACAUGGAGGAUCCCAGGAAACAUGCGUGGUUCAAGUCCAUCAAUUUCCCCCGUUUGGAGGCUGGGCUGGUGGAUCCUCCUUGGACGCCCAAACCCAACGUUGUCUAUGCCAAGGACACCGGCGACAUCGCAGAAUUCUCCGAGAUCAAGGGCAUCGAAUUUGACGCCAAGGAUGAAAAAUUCUUCAAGGAAUUUAGCACAGGUGCUGUGCCCAUUCAGUGGCAGCAGGAGAUGAUUGAAACUGGACUGUUUGACGAGCUCAAUGAUCCCAACAGGAAAGAGGGUGGAGGAGAUCCCGAUGAUGAAAAGAAGUCUGGCACAUGUAUAUUGCUGUGAGAAGCCACGUGUUUGAUAUCACACACCAGUAUUAACGCUCAAUAAUUUGUUUGUCUAAGUCAGAUGCAUAUUAACACUGAUUUAAAAGAUGGAUCGUAUUUUUAUGAAAGAGCCAAGCACAAGCAUCCAUGUUGAGAAAGAUGUAUCAUCCCUGUCCUGUAAGGGUGCUCAUGAUUUAGUGAUUUACAGCUUUUGAGGCAAGGUUCAGUAAAAUAUGGAGGAUGUGAUGAUGUAUUUGAGCUUUAUCUCUCUGGUUUACAGCUUCUUUUGCAAACAUUUGGACCGACAUUUGGUAUUUAAUGAUGAGACUUUCAACCAUAUUAAACAUAAAUGACUGCUAAGAGUAAUUUUUACAACCUUUUUAUUAAAGAUACCAGUGUUAGAUUAGUAGGGUAAAGACCUCUGUGCCAGAAGCACUAUACUAUUUUAUGAAAAUAAGAAGAAAAAAAAAGAAAAUGUCUAAAACUGUCUCAAACUGUCUCAGUAUGUGCUUGGAGAAUUUCCUACUGAAGCAAUGCAUCACACUUAACAAUAAGCUUUAAUCCAGUUGGAGCAAAUUUAUUCUAGACCUUGAAACUGUUCACUUGGAGUAUCUUCUAGUGCACUGUGUAAAAGUUACAGCACUUCAUAACACUUCCCCACCAUCUUAUGAUGCCAACAUAUGUCACACUGUCUCUACAAUGAAGAGAACUUUUUAAAGAGCACAUCUGGCAUAGAUAAUUGUAGUGUUUAAUAUUGUAUGCUGUGAUCCUUAAACCUGAUAAUUAAGGCUGAUCACUGCAUUUACACAUUUUAGUUUUAUAUAAGCUAUAAAGGUCAUUUGUUGCUAAUGUUUUAUUGUAUAUAAAGAAAUCUAUAUCUAUGCACAGAGAGAAAGGCGAAUAUGGAAGUAUUUUAAAAUUAGUAUUUAUUUGAAAGAAAAUGAAGAAACUAAACACCUUUUGUCUGAGUCCCUCUACUGUUGGUGCUAUGAGGCUCAACUUAGUGAGAAUGAAGACUCUGUAGCCCUGGGAUGCUGGGAGAGAGACAAGUACACAAAUGGCAGCUAAUUGCUGCACACGAAGGAGGAAAAUUUAGAGGAAUUGGGCAAUAAAUUCCUGUACCAGGAAUGUGCAGGUUGCCCUGUCAACGGCCCCGAAACACUGAUACUUCAGGGCUCUUUUCUUAGUUUGAGAUAAGUGUGAGUAACUCAAAGAUAGGCCUUUAUUAGUCCCACACUGGGGAAAUUUACCACUAAUCAGACCCUGAAAAAGACUCCACUAUUGUGGUCCUUAAGUUAAGUAUAGAGACUUGGGCUAGUUCAAAAGAAAAUCCUUGUUGUUCUUGUUUACUUGUCUCAGGGUAGUUAUUUCCAGAUGCUGGGCAGGGUUGAGUUUUUACAGUUAAGGUUAAUAUGAUCUAAGUAUAUAUGAGACAUGUAAUUGUAAAUAUAACAUAAGAGGAAUUGCUACUAUAGAAAUAUCAGAUAUAGAGCAGAAAUU